UGAGAGCCGAACAGCUGCUGCCACACUGGACUCGGACUGAGCCGAACUGUCGUUCCUGUGAUGCCCCAGGGAGGGCUGAGCUGGUCGGGGUUGCGAUGCCUUACUGGGACCGACAGAAUCGUAUAUGUGGCUUCCUGGACAUCGAGGAGAAUGAGAGCAGCGGCAGGUUCCUGCGCCGAUACUUCAUCCUGGACACUCAGGAGGGAAACCUGCUGUGGUACAUGGACAACCCACAGAAUCUGCCUAAAGGUGCAGAGAACGUGGGAUCUCUCAAACUCACCUACAUCUCCAAGGUCAGUGAUGCCACCAAACUCAGACCGAAGGCAGAGUUCUGCUUUGUUAUAAAUGCAGGAAUGAGGAAGUUUUACCUGCAGGCCAACGACCAGCAGGACCUGGUGGAAUGGAUCAGUGUUCUCAACAACGCCACCAAGAUUACAGUGCCGAAGCCCGAUGAGGGCCACACCGCCCACACAGAGACUCCUCAGGAAGUACUGGGAGCCAUGAAACAGGUCUCCUACAGGACUGAAAUCAUAGGAGGAGUCCCGAUCAAAACCGCAACGCAGGAGCAGGGGGAGGGGCAGACCGAGGCGGAGCGUGGAGGCUUGAAGCGAGCUCAGAACCAGCUGCCCUACUUCCUGUCCAGAGGGGCGCAGGACCAGACCGUCAUCAAGACCGGAUACUGCGUCAAACAGGGCGCCGUGAUGAAGAACUGGAAGAGGAGAUACUUCAUGCUGGAUGAAAACGCUGUCAGCUACUUCAAGUCUGACCUGGAGAGAGAAGCACUGAAAGUCAUCCCACUGAAGGAGAUCCACAAAGUCCAGGAGUGUAAACAGAGUGAGCCGAUGAUGAGGGACAACCUGUUUGAAAUGGUCACCAGCUCCAGAACCUUCUACGUACAGGCUGACAGUCCAGAGGACAUGCACAGCUGGAUCAAGGCCAUCUCAGGGGCCAUCGUAGCUCAACGGGGCCCCGGACGCUCCGCUAACACUGAACGCAGUGACCUCUCCUCUUCCUCCCCAUCAUCCUGCUCCACCUUCUACUACCCCCUCGACCCGGACCCGCACCGCCCCCCGUCCCCCGUCUCCUCCUCCGGCGGCCCCCCUGCGGGCCCUCAGCUUCACCCUGGACACGCACCGCCACCGCCACCAGGACAACUUCCUGGGCCUCCUGCCGUGGAGGCUGGGCGGCGUCCAGACGGUGAUGCUGCCCCUCCCUACGGCGCGCUCCCGCCUCUCGCUGCAGGAGACGGUGCAGUCUUCCAAGUGACGGAGGAGGAGGAGGAGGAUGCGUCGCCAUGGAAACGGCGCAGCGAAAUCACCCGGCUGGGGUUUGUCGGUGGCAGCGGUGGCGGUGGCGGGGACGAGCUAAACAGUCGCACAACUGAGAAUUCUGACCUCCACAUCACCCUGAUUUGAUGAUGAUGAUGAUGAUGAUGAUGGCGAGGAGUGACAUUUUCUAAAGGCAACACACACACACACACACACACACACACAUUUUUUCACACACUCCAUGUGCUUCUAAAACUACCUGACCGGCCAAAUGAUCCUUGGACAGAAACCUCUUGGGACCAUUGUUUGUCUGUGUGUGCACAUGUGGAGUAGGACCUGCUGGUUUUCCUUCACUUUUGUCUUCCUGGAUAUUAUUUACAAAGUGUUGCAGAUGGCAAACAAAAUGUCAUGCACAGAAAAAAAUCUUAGAUAUUGUACAGUGACGUUUUUUUCCCUAGUUAAACGGCUGCACUGCAAGAAGGUGUGUCUAAAAAACAAGAUAAAAACACUAAAUUUGAGGGAAAUGAUCUUGCUGCAUGGACAGAUAAUUUACCUUGACAAGAUUUCUUAAAUUUAGAUUGUUUAAUCUCGUCUAGUUGUUUAACCCUUUGAUGCUCAACAUGUUGACCCCCCUUCUAAUGCACAACACGGGUCCUGCAUUCAUUCCCCAUGUAUAUUCCAAUUAUUCUUUAAAUAUCUUGUUUUUGAUAACAACAGAUCAUUAUUUCCGUUUUGCUUCUCAUACUUUAUGAAGAAAAAAAGGUUUUUGUAUUUUUACAUAGCUAACAACUUGGUUAAGUAGCUUGC